CUCCAUCUCUCUCUCUCCAUCUCUCUCUCUCUCUCUGGUAUCAGUGGAGGAGAAGGGGGGCUCAUCCCGGCAUCCUGAGGGGAGGUAAUUUGCACGGAUCAAGGGGGCAAGGCACCACAAAGUAUAAAUACUGUGACUUCAAUAGAGGAUCACCAGCAGGUUCCCAAACUCCGCACACCAAAAGGAGGGAGGAAUUGGCUGAGAGAGAGAAGAAGAUAUAUUAUAUUCUUUAUAUUUUGUACCUGAAUUCUUCUUCCAGAGUUUGGCUGCAGCAUCAUCUCUAAAUCUCGAUCAUAUAUUUCCAAGGGGUCGACUUUAAAAACGACCAUUGAUGUCUUAAGCUGUCGUGGAGCAGCAAAAAGGAGGAGAGUGUGUGUGUUUAUGUGUGUGUGAGUGUGUGUGAGUGUGUGGUGGUGAUUUUUUUUUUUUUUUUUUUUUAAAGAGGAGAGAAAGGCAGUGAUGGAAGAGCUCACCGCUUUCGUGUCUAAGUCUUUCGAUCAGAAAGUGAAGGAGAAGAAGGAAGUGAUAACCUACAGGGAGGUGUUGGAGACCGGCUCGACGCGAGCAGGCAGCAGGGAGUCUUUAACCGGAGUGGAGCCGGGCAGCCGAGAGGAGGCUGCAGCCGUGGCCCGGAACGGAGCGCUCUCACCGGGCAGAGACACGGACAUGCUCGGCCCGGAGAGAACCAGGGACGCUGGGAGCCCCAAACUCAUAGACGGCAACACGGACGUGAAGGAAAGGAAAGAGGACUCGAAGCCUUUAGAGGACGAGGCUCAGGCGAAAAUCAAACAGAGGAGAAGUCGGACUAACUUCACAUUAGAGCAGCUCAACGAGCUGGAGCGACUCUUCGACGAGACGCACUAUCCGGACGCCUUCAUGAGAGAGGAGCUCAGCCAGAGACUGGGACUGUCGGAGGCCAGAGUACAGGUUUGGUUCCAGAAUAGAAGAGCCAAAUGCAGAAAGCAGGAGAACCAGUUACAUAAAGGAGUCCUGAUUGGAGCAGCAAAUCAGUUUGAAGCUUGUCGUGUAGCUCCAUAUGUCAACGUGGGGGCUUUACGGAUGCCAUUCCAACAGGAUAGUCAUUGCAACGUGCCGCCCUUCUCCUUUCAGGUGCAGGCGCAACUGCAGCUGGACAGCGCCGUGGCCCACGCGCAGCACCACCUGCACUCUCACCUGGCGGCGCACGCGCCCUACAUGAUGUUCCCCGCGCCGCCGUUCGGCCUGCCGCUGGCGACGCUCGCGGCCGAGUCCGCGUCCGCCGCGAGCGUCGUGGCAGCCGCAGCCGCCGCCAAGAACACCAGCAAGAACUCCAGCAUCGCAGACCUGAGACUGAAGGCCAAGAAGCACACGGCCGCGCUGGGACUGUGACGCCAGGUAGACUGCUGUGGGAGGACGCAGCUCGUGCGUAUGCCUGCUGCUGCCGCAUCCUCCUCGCGAGACACUGAACACUUUCAAAGUGAAGAAGAGGGAAGUGAGAAGAAAUUAUCCAAGGACGAUAUUUAUGUUUUCUUUUUUUAAAAAAUGAAGGAUGACGAGUAUAACUAUAAAAAUAUAGGCUAUUUAUGAGAAAAAGAAGAAGAAGAGACUGUGACGUCAUAUAGCCUACACAGGUGUGAUUUUUUUUGGACGCCAAAUAAAAAGUGGAUCCUUCUCUGCAGCCACGUGGCUGAGGAAGGACGGCGGGAAAACCCAUAUGAGGAAGAAGAAGAGGAGGAGGAGGACAAUGCAGCUGGGACGGUCGAUACUUUGUCAAACAAGGCGAACCAUUCUGCACUUCUGUUUUUAAUAUUAUAUUAUUAUUGUUUAUGAUUUUGAACCUAUAUAGAGGCUGGCCUCGUUAUAAAAACUCUGCAAAAAGGACAGAGUGGGAAUUCUUUGACAAAAAAAAAAAGACAAUAUUCCAAAGUGUUUCUCCCUUUUUCUGUUUUCCGAAAUUCAAAAAUGCCCAAGCAGUGUUUUUGCAUGAGUUUGUCUUUUCACGGAUGACGUGAUGUGAGCCAUCUCUCUCUCUUUCUCUCUCUUCCUCUCUCUCUGAGGAACUCACUUGAAUGUUUGGCCUGUAUUUGACCUUGUUUGGACCUCCUCUGGUAAAAGGUGAAACACCAGAAAUGUGAGAUUAUAAUAUAUGUGUGUAGGCUAUGCUGAACUUUUUUUUUGUCAGGAUAACCAGAUCUAGUGUCCAUUAUAAAGGUGGUGAUUUGUCAACCUUUUUAAAAGGAGCAUUAUGUGUCAUCUUUAACACGAGAUGCAAACCGGUACGGGCACGUGUAAAAUAUGUUUAUACACAAGAAAAACAUGCAUUAUUUUUUAUUAUUAUUUUAGUGGCUUUAUGAAAACGCCUUGUGGGGGAAUUUUUGUUCAUUUUGUAUUUUACUUUAUUUUUCCGUGUAUUAAAAAAAAAAAUCAUGUGCUUUCUGUAUGUAAUUUUGAUGUUUUUAUAACAGUGAAAGUGAACUUACCUGAGGCACGGGUUUCUAAAAAAAAAAAAAAAAAAAAAGAAAGAAGAAGAAGAAUCAUGGGAUUGUUUUACUUUUUCCAUCACAUGUGAAACGUGAAUCCACCUAAACAAAAAUGUUUUUCGUUCCUAUAAUAAAUUAACUAAAGUUUCUUUAAUGACUUGA